UCCUCCUCGGGUGACUUUCCUUCUCUUUGAUCCGGAGGGAGAGGAGCUUCGCUGUCGCGGCAGGGUUUGGGGUGGGGUGUGCGCGGCCUGGAUUUCAGCUCGCUGCCAGCCGCGGGGUAACAUUGUAACGGAGGGGAUACAUUUGUAACCAAAAAGGGGGCGGAGGGCGCUACAUUGACAGCAAUACCCGGCGAAGAUGUCGAAGGAAGAGGUGGUUAGCGAGGUCAUUGUGGAGUCCAAAGUGAUGUGGUACCCCGACUCCAAGAGGAACACACACAUGGACCGAUUCAGGAACCUCAUCAACGACAAGUUCGGUCUCCAGUUGGCCAAUUAUAAUGAAUUGUAUCAUUGGUCGGUUGAGAACUACCCGGAGUUUUGGGCAGAAUUUUGGAAAUUUAGUGGAUUGGUUUACUCUCAACAUUACAGUGAGGUGGUUGACAGGACAAAAGGAAUUGCAGAUGUUCCUGAGUGGUUCAAAGGAAGCAGAUUAAACUAUGCAGAAAAUCUUCUGAAGCAUAAAGAUGAUGACAAAGUGGCUCUUUAUGCGGCAUCAGAAGGCAAAGAGGAGAUUGUCAAAAUGACAUUCAAGGAACUAAAGAGAGAUGUGGCUUUGUAUGCAGCAGCACUCCGAAAGUUGGGAGUGAAAAUGGGUGACAGAGUUGUUGGUAGGUACCCAUUUGAUUUCUAA